UUCUCUUGCGCUUCAGUUAGAGGAUUCUCCGGGUUGCUAGAGCACAUAAGGAAGCUAUGACAGGCGUAUUUUCAAAGAAAAGCGCCCUAACGCCUCCACGUCCUCAUCUUUCAUGAGGAUAUAUUGACGAGAAGUGCUAUUAUAGCGGAUUUCGCUGGACGCUGUAGAGGCGAGUGGGAUUUAUCUUCAAAGGGAGAGGCUGGCUGGUCUGGUAAGUCCAGCCAGUGUAUGUCUCCUACCUGUGCGUGGAAAUACUCGGUUUAUUUAUAGGAAAUAAAGGAUACAGGAGCAGCAGGGCAGCCUUGGGCACCAGAGAGGCUCGGUCCUCUGCGCUGACCAUGUGGAGCUUCGCGCCCUAAUGGAGCGCUGCGUAAUUCCUGCCAGUUUGUUCUGUUCCAAGCUUUUUCGAGCGUCCAGCCGCUGGUGGAGAUACCCCAGGGCCAGAAGAAGUGCCAUCGUAGCCGGAAUUUGCUUCAUUUACCUGUUUUUCGCCGUGCUUCAGGUUAGUUCCGCCCCAGCUGAUGGUAAAGGGCGCAUUGGCACCCUCCCCUUGCGCCAUCACGAUGGUGUCCAUGGCCAGAAAACGGAUGACAUUCCAACACCCACACGCUCCAACGUGGUCUAUAUAACCCUGAGGUCUAAACGGCAGAAGCCUGCCGUCAUAAGGGCCACGGUGAGGCCCAAAUCGCGCAGGAAGAAAGUGGGGACCUUUGGGAAGCAAGACGCACAGGCGCAUGGAGGGAAAAGCAGACAUGGCCAGGACGCAUGGGCGGCGAAGCGCCCCAACGCCAGUGACGCUUGGGCAAAAAUCAUACACAAGGGACUGACACUGUACAAAGGGGGCCACUUUGAGGAGGGUGCGGAUAAUCUGGGCAGCUCUAUCAGAAUAUACAGCCAGAAGCCUCCUCCAUGGUUCAGCCAGGAGGACAUGGCCCACAUGCGCCUUCUGGCCAGCAGUAAGGUCAGAAAACUGGAAAGACUGCAGCCUGAAGGCUCUCCGUCCGUCCUUUUGUUCAGAAGCGCAGGUCAGACACAUUCUGAGCAGUCAGCAGAGUGCAGCGGAGGCUGCGGUGUCAUCAAGCCACCGGUGGACAUGAGUGAGGUGUUCGCUUUCCACUUGGACAGGGUGCUGGGGCUGAACAGAAGUUUGCCGACUGUGAGCAGGAGGUUCCGUACACUUGGUGGUCAGCUGUGUCCAGUGACACAGUGGGACCCUUCUAUCACACCUAUAUCUGGCCAGUUGACCUGGAGCUCCUACCAAACCUCCCUUAAAUACAAGUGCUGGCAGCACGGCACUCCCAAGCCAGAAUGGAGCUGCACCAGCAUCCACCACCAUGAGUGGAGCAGGAUGGCUCUGCUUGACUUUCUCCUGCAGAUUCACCAGCGGCUAGAUAGGAAUUGCUGUGGGUUCAGGCCACGCCCGGAGGACAGCUGUGUUGCACUUGGUUACCAUGGCAAAUGUGGGAACAUGGACAAUACUGAACUGUCCACCAUCGUCCACCGCAAACGUGACCCCCAUCGCCUCGUCUUCAUCAACAACAAGGGUUUCUUUGAUCGAGACGAAGAAAACCUCGACUUUAAGCUGCUCGAGGGAAUCAAAGAGCUGCCUGAUGUGGCGGUGGGUGUGCUGAGCUCGCAGCGCUUGAGGGGAAAGCUCCUGCAGUCUCUGUUCCUGGAUCAGCUGUACUGGGAGAGUCAGGGAGGCCGGGAGGGCAUCGAGAAACUCAUCGACGUCAUCGAGAGACGGGCCAGAGUUUUACUCAGAUACAUCAAUGCCCAUGGCAUUAAGAUCAUUCCCAUGAACAAAUGAGGAUUCAGAGGAAGAGUAUGAAUAGUAUGAAGAGUAUGAAUGCAGAUGAAUCACUUCCAGGUCAAUGUGCUAUAAAAGAGGGAGAACGCUUCCUUCCAUUGGUUUGCAAACAUCAUCCCUAAAGCCUGAAGUAGAUGUGUUUCAGUCUGUGUACAGGAGUUUAUCUAACAAAACCUGGCCUUUUUCUCAUCGUAUAAGUAGCUGAGUUUCCAUCCACUUAUUUGCAUUUUGAUAUAUCAAAUAAAAUUAAAAGUUCAUUGGUGGAAACAACACAUAUUGGAUAAAAUCUCCCAAAGGUGGGUGGAUACAUCUUUUUUGGUGAUGCUAAAUAAAUAACAUAAAUGCUAAUUGAAUAACAUCA